AUGUCCUCCAAGUAUGUUUUCACACGGGGUCUUAAGGAGCUGCGGUUCCUUUUUUGCCAGACCUCUGAGCAGAGCGCUGCGACAAGACUGUUCUUGAACCGCGCCUAUCCCACCAUGAAGAAGCACAACCCGCACACUCCAAUCCUCAUCCGUGAGGCUGCCGGCACACUGCCCCGGGUCUACGCUCGAUACGGACUUGGAAAGGAGCAGGUGGAAGCACUGAGCGGCCUGUCGGAUCAGCAGAUUGAAGAGAAGAUUACGCAAUUGGUGAAGGCGUCUUCAUAG